ACAGUCCUGCUUUUAACUAGAAUGUCAUCAAUAUAUUUUUAGAGAAGUUCUACACACAGCCACGCACAUAAUUUCGGGGAGUGAGUAUCCAACUAGCAACCUAUUCUUCCCUGAGAUUUUAAAGGUGAAGAAACUCUUGGAUGCACGAGUGGAUGAUGAAAAUGAUUUUGUCUGGGGUAUGAUUACAAGAAUGAAACUCAAGUUUGACAAAUACUGGAAAGAGUGCAAUUUAUUGAUGUCCAUUGCAGCUAUCUGGGAUCCAAGACAAAAAAUGCGAGCAAUAGAGUUUGCCUUCCCUAAGAUGUAUUCCACAUAUGAAGCUCAAGAGAAUAUCACAUAUGUUCGAAAAGCCAUCUUUGAGCUUUAUGACGAGUACGUUGCUAUGGCUACAAGUGGAAGUGCAGGGACAGGUUGUUCAUUAAAUCCUGCAUCCGAAAUAGUGUGUCUACUUCGAGCAAGUACUGACUAUUGGGAUGAUUUGGAUGAGUAUUGUGGUGAACUCGAAUCCGAUGAACCCCAUAAGAGCGAGUUGGUGGAUUACCUAGACAAGCCUCACCAACCUACUGGACAAAAUUCAAAGGAUUUCAACUGUUUAGAUUGGUGGAAAAUCAACAGAUCAGCAUACCCGAUACUCUCUCAGCUAGCAGCUGAUGUAUUAGUCAUUCCUUUCACUACCAUCGCAUCUGAGGCCACAUUUAGUGAUGGAAUUAAGGUGAUUGAUUCAUACCGUGUUUCACUUGCUCCAGAGACAGUCCAGAUAUUAAUGUGUGCGGGCAAUUGGUAUAGAAAUUUACACGGGGUCAAAAAGAAAUUGAAACCACAGAAAGCUCUCAAAGAAUAUGAGCUGCCUAAUGUUUGAAGUUGCAUAAGAAGCAAAUAACUUGCUGGAAAUCAGGUGUUGUAGAUUGUACACCGAAGUUUGAAGAUGCAUAAGGAGCAAACAAGCUAUUCGAUUUACCAUAUUACAAACAGGAGCUUCUAAAUGCUCAUUAGACUCUAGAAAAUUUCCCUAAAUUUUUCCUUUCAAUUGGCUGCACUCUUUUUUGUAUUUUCGUGAAAUUCUGAUGAG